AUGGGCCUGCAAAGUGAGCUUGAUAACCUCAGUUUCUCAUUCUUUCCAAGACAAAGAACUCUCAAUUUGAGCAGCAAUACUCUCUAUGGAAGCAUUCCAUAUGACAUCGGCACCCUUUCAAAGCUCACUUCUCUUGAUCUCUCAUCAAAUCAGCUCUCGGGAAGCUUGCCUGCCUCACUCGCCAAUCUGGCCGUGAUUUCCUAUAUCGAUCUUUCGGAUAACCGGUUGACUGGGUCACUGUCUCCAGCUUUCUUCGCCAAUUGGACCAAACUCACUGAUCUACUACUUUUCCAAAAUCGACUCACUGGAGGGAUUCCUCCAGAAAUUGGCCUUCUUCGCAGCAUCCGCUGGAUGGUCUUGUCGGAGAAUCCCUUCACUGGAUCGAUACCUGCCGAAAUAGGAAGCCUCAAGACUCUGCUGGGCGUCAGCUGCGAUGCAGCCAACCUCACAGGCACCAUUCCUCCAUCUUUAGGCAGUCUAAGUGAGCUGCAGUUCUUGGCUUUUCCUGAUAAUGAGAUCUCUGGUUCCAUCCCCCCCACUCUAGGGAACUUAACCAAGCUAACCCACCUCUACCUCUAUGGCAACCAGAUCAUGGGUACCAUCCCACAAGAACUCGGGAAUCUGGAAAACCUCCGGCCUUUUGAGGUGUCAUCAAAUCUAUUAGUUGGCUCCAUUCCACAAACUUUAGCUAACCUGACCAACCUCAAUCAUAUGUACCUUUACGAGAAUCAACUUUCUGGCCCCAUACCUCCACAAAUAGGAAAUCUAACGCGACUAAAAGAGCUGGCUCUCUACCCGAACAAACUAACGGGGCCCCUCCCUCCAUCUACAGGUGACUUGAAGAGCCUGAACUAUCUUUACAUCCAUGAAAAUCAAUUAUCUGGUAUGAUUCCUCAAGAGAUGGGAAAUUUGGUUGGUAUAAUUUGGUUGGCUACAUUCCAUCCAGUUUUGGCCUCCUGA